CAACCCCAGGGAGAAAGGUCACACCCAGACCCCUUGAGAUGGAUCGAGUGACCAGAUAUCCCAUCUUCAGCAACCACCAUGCAGCACGUGUCACCAGCUUGGUGCUGGAUGACAACUCCAGCUACACCGUCAGGCUGGUGGGUGUUGGGCCAGAGGUCGGUUGGAGCCAGGACGAUCAGCAGGCCUGGUCCACUGAGUACCAGACCAAGCCAGAUGUGAAGAGAACAAGUGUGUCCUCCACCAGACGAGUCUUUCUCAACCAGCCGUCCCCAAGGUCACUGUACUCAGAGGAUGAGGAUGAAGAGAUGAAGGCAUACCACCUGGAUACCAGUGAUGCCCUCUACAGUCAACCUAGGGACCUGGAGGCCGAGCGCUGGGCAGUCAUCCACAACCAGGCCAUCAGGAAGGGUGGCACAGUGGCCACACUCCAGGGAGAGCCCAGGCCGGCUGGCCAGCCUCGGUCCACGUCCACUGAAGAGAUCUUGGUGGACACAGAGCAAAUUGAUUUCCUGGCUGCUCGACAGCAAUUCCUGAGUUUGGAGAAGGUGAACACGAACCCAGUUACUUGGAGCCCCACAGCCAGGGAGAGCUUUGUGCAUACCCCACUAGGGGUCAGCCAGGCCCCCAAGGCCUCUACUAGGCCCCACCUAGCUAACGGCUAUGCGGCUCCUGUCAUGUCACCAGUGAAGGAGUUGACGUUACAGAAGAAGACUGCUCAUGUUUCCCCAGCUGGGUCCAUUCGUGCAGCCAACGACCCUGGCCACUGGACCCGAGCAGAGUCCCCCGAGACCUCCAAAGAGACGCCCAUCGAGAGAGAGAUCAGACUGGCCCAGGAGCGUGAGGCAGAGCUGCGGGAGCAGAGAGGGCUUGGGCGGGUUGCUGGGCAUCAAGAGCUGGUUCAGAUCCCCAGCAGGCCACUGCUCAACAAGGUGAGCCUGACAGAGCUACCCUCGCGCAGAGAGAGGGGCCGGCCGUCACUCUACGUGCAGAGGGACAUGGUGCAGGAGACACAGCGGGAAGAAGACCACCGCCGGGAGGGGCUGCAGGUGGGCAGGGCGGCCACACCCGACUGGACCUCCCAGGACCCUCAGCCUGGACUCCAGAGAAGCCUGAGCUCCGACUGCAUCCUCAGCCCAGAUGCCCGAGCCACAGACCCGGCUCCAGAGACAAGAAAGGUCAACCGGAUCCCACCGGACGCCUACCAGCCAUAUCUGGGCCCCGGGACCCCUAAACUGGAAUUCUCGGCCUUUGGAGUAUACAGCAAGCCAAAUGGUGUCUCCACAGAGGACACCAAAGCCAUGGAGUUCCAGAAGGCCGCAGGAUCUCCAAGGCAUGUCUCAGAAUACUCUGGAAGUUCUCCGAGCUCAAAACAAGCGCGCUCGAAGCCCCCUGAGAAGCCCCAGCACGGCAGUGUGGGUAUCGUGCAAUUAGAGAAUUUCCACCUGCGUCCACUGCGGUUCAGCGUCCCAGAUGUCCCUCAGCAGGCCGAGACCUCCCAUACCUGGGGUUGGGAGGAGGCCGGGGGACCAGUGUUGAAGCUACACAGGUCACAGUCUUCUGACCUGCUGGAAAGGGAGAUGGAGAACGUCCUGCGGAGGGAACGAGAGGUGGCUGAAGAGCGGAGGAAUGCCUUCUUCCCAGAGGUGUUCUCCCCGGUGCAGGAUCAGGAUGAGCAAGACUCCCGGAGUUCCUCCCGGGCAUCUGGCAUCACUGGCAGCUAUUCAGUGUCAGAAUCACCAUUAUUCACCCCCAUCCAACUGCACUCGGGCCUGGUGUGGAAGGUGCAGGCCCCUAACGACGGUGCUUCGGGACAGAGGACUAAAAGGGAGACUCGGUAUGCCGGUAUCAAGCCCUCAGACCGUGUCAACUCAGAGGUCCUGGGAGCCACACGGGUAACAAGACACAGGAACAUCUUGGCAGAACGCUGGGAAGCAGGCAUCUAUGCCAAUGAGGAUGAAGACUGAGACUAGAAAUGGGGACAUCCAUUUCCCUCUGUCCAACCCCAGACUCGUGGAAGCUGCCAGACCUGCCCAAGCCUCUGCAGUCAGUGGUAAACAAGUCCCUAUCUAAGCAAAUGGCUGGAGAACCUGGCUUCUCACUCGCCCAGGCUGAUGUUUUCCUGGGUAGGAGAGUUCCCUGCUUAGGGGUGGCUCUCAGCUAGGGCUAAAAUGGUAAUUUCCCCAGGUCUCUGUGUACCUGAGACUUUGCCAGAUGCUCUAGGGUCCAAGGAGGGAACCAGACUGCCUACCUCGGAAUGAAAUUUCCUUGGAGCAGUGGGUACAGGGCUCCACUUACAUCCCUCAGCCUCUGUGCAAGGUGCACCAAAGGGUGCAGAGCCCAGAUCUGUCACCCGACGGAAAGAGGCCUCCAUUUAGGGACCUGCCACUCCAGUCUUGCCAACCCCAGACUUGUCCUUGUUGCUAUGAAAUAAACUUGUCAUGA